AAGAGAAAGAUAAACAAUGCCUAACAACUCCGGAAUCCCAAAACCAUGGACAAAUCAUCAGAAGACACGGAAAUCCCUAUCAAGAGCCAAUCGAGAACGGUCACAAGUACUUGAACCAUCACCAUCCCGCCCAAGUCCUGACCAAUGAAGAAGACAGAAAGAAACCAGCGAAUCAAAGUUUUUUGGAUUCCCUACACGAUAAAAUAAUAAUGGGACAAGAUUUACCUACAUAUGUCCAGGCCGAAUAUCUCGAUCUCAGAAAGAACCCAUGA